AUGUCCUUGCCUUUAAAGCCACUUACAAUUGACUCAAAUAAUAAGCAACUAGACUCUAAACAGAAGAAGUUUCGUGCUAAUGUUGAGCGGGCACUAGAGAGAUUUGACUCGGUAACAGAAUGGGCGGAUUAUAUUGCUAGUUUGGGAACCCUACUGAAGGCAUUGCAAAGUUGGUCACCUAAAUUUCAGAAUGUAAGAUACUACGUUCCUUCGCCAUAUCAGGUAAGCCGAAGAUUGACAUCUUCGCUAUCACCUGCAUUACCAGCAGGUGUUCAUCAAAAAACAUUGGAGGUUUAUACGUACAUAUUCGAAAACAUUGGCCUUGAAACUCUGGCUACAGAAUGUAACAUCUGGAUUCCAGGUAUUUUACCCUUAAUGACUUACGCUUCAAUGUCCGUUAGAUCGCAUUUAAUAGAGCUCUACGACAAUUAUAUCCUUCAGUUACCUCAAACAACAUUAAGACUGCUAAUCAGACCUUUGAUUUCAAGUUUGUUGCCUGGGAUUGAUGAUGAAAGUAGUGAUUUUUUACCUUUAACUUUAAAGCUCAUUGAGACUCUGCAAGAAAAUUUGGUUGACGAUUCUUUAUUUUGGCAAACGUUGUUUCUGGUAAUGACUGCAAAUAAAGGUAGAAGACUGGGGGGUCUCAUAUGGCUGACCAGAAAAUUUCCAUCACUAAAUGCUGUACCCCAUCUGAUCAAUAAGGUUAUAAAGGAGACUGAAGAAGAUACGAGCGAAAGUGGGACUAGCGAUUCUCAUCUGGACAGGAAAAAAAGGAAAGAGGAAGCUUUUAAGAUCUUACUACCCGCGGCUAAAGAUUUAGUGACUCCUGAGCCAGGGUUGCUUAUUCGAUGCCUUGUUGGUUGUUUAGAAGAGGAGAAUGACAUUCUUAUUAAAAGAGGCGUUUUAGAUCUUUUGUUACAGAGGCUAAGGCUAGACUCCCCUGUUUUAAAUGUUCUUAUUACUUCUGAAGACAAGAAAUUACUGAUCAUGAGCUGUUGCAAAACUACUUUGAGCAAGGAUAUGUCUUUGAACAGAAGAAUAUGGAAUUGGCUUCUAGGCCCUACUGCGGGGGGGAUACUGAACAGCAACAACGGAAACUCUAUGACAGACAAUACGUCAACAAAGGCUGAAAAUGAAGAGAGUAAUGAGUACUUCACAAAAUACGGAUUAGACGUUCUUUUAGAAGGUUUAAAUGAUCUUCUUAUAGAAGAAGAAUCUGUUCUAACCGCGUUUAAGAUGAGCAUGGCAGUCAUGGAUAGAUGGGAAAUUGGUUCAAUUGUAAUACCUGAACUGUUCAUCCCACUUCUCUUUUCGUCGGAAAAAUUCAAAGGCAACGAACAAAUCAUGAAAACUGCCCGUACUUUUUUUGAUAAUGUUGAAACUAAUAUUAUAUGGGGAAAGCUGUUUCAAAAACUUGAAGAUAGUAAGAAUUUGAGAAUUCUAGACUUCGUAUUAACAAACUUUAAUAUUGGAAGCGACGAGGAAAUAAUUGUGCGUCACCUUCCUUUAAUAUUAUUAACUUUACUUGCUCUACCAUUUGAUAAUAAAAACAUUCAAAAUAUUCAUAGGAGCCAAAAUUUUUCUUUGUAUAACAAGUUGUUGAGUUUUAUCCCUGAAAGAGCUCUUCUUCCCCUCAGCCACUCAAAAUUAAAUUAUGAGGAUGAUGAUAUGAGCUGCGAAAAACUUUUGAGCAAAAUACGCGCAUUCUACGGUAUUGUUUCUAAUCCAUCUAGCACCUUAGAGAAAGACAAUGCGGUCGAACGUUUACCACCUUUUACAACGGAGGACUUAACUUUUUGGAUAGCAAAACUCAUUCACGAAAAGCUCCUUUCAAGUUUAAGCAACCUGGAGAAUAUUAACGAGAGUUCUAAGUUAUUCAUAACUAUCUUUGAAAAGAUACCUGAGUCUGAAGAAUUUAAAGGAGUUUCCAACUCAAUCUGGUCCGAUAAAAAAAUAACUCAAAGUAUUUUUGAAGCGAUUCCUAAGCUCUGUGAGUCUGAUGAUGAUGAAAAAUCCAAAGAAAUUGUCGGGAUUGUCGAAAUCUUUAGUAACUAUUUAUAUUCACGUAUGGAUUUCAUUGAGUCCAUGAAAUUAUUGAAAGUAGUUAUGAUGGCUGUGUGGAGAUCUCUGAAAGAUCCACACCAUCAAAUAUUAGGGAUCAAGAACUUGAAGACCUUAAACAGAUUUGUCCCAGCCAAAUUUAUUGAAAGUGCGUUAGUCUAUACGUUCGUGGAAGAGGAUGAUAUAUCCGAGAGACUGGGAGUGCUGGAUCUGCUAUGGACACAACUAGACUCCAAUACAAAUUUGAUUAGGCACCCUCUGGAGUUAAUUUUGGGUGAACUGUUUGACGAUCAAAAUCCUUUCUAUCUAACCGUUUCAAAAUGGAUUUUAUCAAUAAUCAAUUCGGGAUCUGCCUCUAGACUGUUUUAUAUAUUGACUGAUAAUAUUUUGAAAGCUACUCAUUUUGAAAAUGAAACUUUAGAUGAAAGGGAUGAUCUUGAUAUGCUCACAUAUAAGCUUCAAAUGCUUGCCUACGUUUUGAAAACAAAUAAUGGACGCAUUAGGAAAGUUUUCUCCACUGAACUUACCUCAAUAAAGUCCUUAACUAUAUGGAAAAAUGAGGAUGUUUCUACUUAUAAAUGCUUGCUGCUAGUUAUGCUGAUGAAAUUUCUGAAUGUUAAGAAUAACACUCAUGCUAAGAGUAUCAGGAGUGCGCUUAUUCUUUUGGAUAUCUUGCUUGAUGGCACUGAGGAAAACUUCAAAGAUAUUGUUAUAUUUUUACUUCAAAUGUCAUCUAAGUAUAUUGCAGAAGAGGGGAUCGAGCCGGAAUUGAUAGCGGUUUCCUUAUUGGAUAUUGUGUCAAAGGUUCUAAGACUCUCACACGAUAAUGGUAUCAAACUGGACAUUUUUGAUGACAAUGCCGCUCAUUUGAAAUACAUCGAUUACCUCGUCACUAGUGUUUCAAAUAUGAAGAGUCCUCUCAUUGUAACGGCUUAUGUGAAGCUUCUUUCGGAAAGUAUUGUUUAUUUUGAGAGUUCUAUAUUUCGAAUGAUUUUGCCGUUAUCUGCGUCUUUAGUGCAAUGUGUUCAAAGGUUGUUUUUACUUGAAAAGAAAGAAGGGGGUUAUUACCAACCAGUAGCUUUGCUGCUAGGUGGCCUGGAGGAGUUAUUGGAAAUUUCACAUGGCUAUCUUGUUACUGACGAAAGGGAAGGAUACUUUUCUGGGUCUAAUCUAAAAGGUGAUUUUAUUCAGUCUGUGGUCUCAAAUGUUUUUUCAUCAGAUUCUUCAAAUGAGGAGAGUAAGAUACAAGGCGAAAGGGACGUAAUUCUUCAAUCUUUCAGACAAGUUAUUUCAUGUUGUUUGGAUAUUUGGUAUUGGGCUCACAGCAUUUCGGGUAAAUCUAAAGAUGAUUCUAAUCUGGAUGUCACAAAUCAUAACUCGUACAAGUUCAAGUUCAGGUCGAAGAAACUGUUAGAAACUCUAUUCUUACUAGAACCUUUAGAGCUUUUAGAGAAUUUAAUAAACAUUAAGCCAGAGAAUGUUACCGUUACGCUGGUGCAUGUACUUGACGGCAAUAAACCCGCCAUCACAAUACCGCAUUUACUAUAUGGUGUAAUUGUCAGGUACAACAGAACGGCAUCAGUUAAGUUUUCUAAUCGUGAUGGAAGCAGAGCAAGUACAACUAAAUUAACUAAAGGUGAGCCUUCAAUGUUGAAAAGAUUAAGUGGGGAAUCAGUUAUUUCUUUUUUGUUCCGCUACGUAGAUUCUGUGGAAAACUCUGCUGUCGAAGAAUUUUAUGGAGAUUUCCUAUUAUUCUUUAGAGAAGUAGCAACCAAUUAUAACCUAUAUUCCGAAGUUUCAUUGUCUUUGCUAAAAUUUGUUGCUCUUAUUUCUGAAAAAGUAAGUAAAACACAGUUUGGAGAACAAAAACGAGUUAGAAGGGAGAUUUCUGAUGUGUUUUUCAAAUACCUACCCAAUGCAUUUAUCAACUUUACGAAUUUACAUCGUAGCCAUCCCGAUUCAUUUAAAGAUUUAGAGUUCGUACUAUGGCGUAUCCAAUAUAUCGUUGACGAUCAAGUUGGAGGCGACAAGUUUAAUACAACGCUAUCGACAAUUGUGAAUCAAUGUUUAACUCCAUAUAUCAAACCCAAAAGUGAAAAAACUAUCCCAAGUUACGUCUUAGAACUAGCUGUGGUGGUAGCCCAUUUAGGUUCAAAGGUCAAGAGUUGGAGACUUUUAAUCGCGGAGCUGUUUCAAAAUGACAAGAAACUUUCGGUGAUCGGCAGUAGUCAAAUUUGGGAAAAGAUUAUUUAUGAAUGGUCCAUAUACACAGAAAAUAAAUCAAAAAUUUUGAACGAUUUGCUACUGGAAAUUGGUUCUAAGCGCUCAAGUGUCACACCGACGUUGAUCACAUUCAACUUAGGCAGCGAUUCAGAAGUUGAGUACAAGUGCCAAAACCUUCUGAAGAUAUCGUACCUGCUAAUGAUAUCACCAAAUGACGCGUAUUUGUUACAGUUUUCCUCUUUGAUAAGUUGCAUUUUCCAAUAUUUGGUAUCCAAGGAUAUCAAAUUAAAGGGAAGUUGUUGGAUCUUGCUAAGAGUUUUGCUUUUGAGAUUUUCAGAAUCUCAUUUCAACGACUACUGGUCUAUGAUUAGCUACUGCUUACAAACCAAUUUACAGGAAUUUUAUGAGUCAUUGCAGAUACAAUCGGAAGUCGAUUCACGAACAGUAUUGCAAGUAUGUAAAACUUUGGAUCUACUACUCUUACUCAACAUGGAAGGGUUCACUUCUACGAAUGAAUGGAUAUUUGUUAUCGAUACAAUAAACUGUGUAUAUAAAACAAAUUCAUUCGUCGCACUGGUAGACGAAAUUGCAGAGUUCAAGGAUUAUGAAAUUACCAAAGCUGAUGAUCUCGAAAUGCCAACAACUUUAAAAGACGGCCUUCCCUUAUUGCGAGGCGUUCACAAAAUUGAAAGGCACACACAACUAAGGAAUUUUUUCCAGAAUUUGAGUUAUGUACAUUAUGAGGAAGUUUACGGAUUAGGGACAGUUGAUUUAUAUGGUUGUGGUGAGGAUCUCAAAAAGGAUAUUCUAUCAUAA